AUGCAGCACCGGUACGAGACCACGCCGUUGCUCUAUGUCGAAGUAGCACAGCCCCCACCACGCUACCCGCAUAGAAGAAUCCGCCGGUUAUGUACUACAUGUCUAGGUUCGAUAUUAGUACUGUCAGUUAUUGUGCUACUCUUACCCUACGCUCUGCUCCCACGCGGAUACGGCUCAAUCUCCGAUCAUUUCCCCUGGACGUCGAGCAAUGGCCUUGACUAUGCUUCUCUCCAGCACCUUCUGCAGACCGUACCAAGUACAGACAAAGUAAGGGAUUGGAGCCAUCAUUAUACAUCUGGACCCCAUCUUGCGGGGAAAAAUCUCAGCUUAGCUAUUUGGACAAAGGAGAAAUGGGAGGAAUUUGGUGUCCCAGACGUCCAACUCACGACCUAUGAAGUCUACCUGAACUAUCCCGUCAACCAUCGAUUAGCACUUCUCGAGAGCAAAAAUGAGAGUCAUGAUUUUAAAGUCAUUUACGAGGCUUCAUUGGAAGAAGAUGAGCUUGAUAAAGAUACCACUAGCGAGCUAAGAGACAGGAUUCCCACGUUCCAUGGCUAUUCGGCAAGCGGCAAUGUUACUGCUCAAUACGUUUAUGUGAACAAUGGAAACUAUGAUGACUAUGAAGCUCUCAUCAAGGCAAACGUGACUUUGGAAGGAAAAAUUGCGCUGGUUAAGUAUAGCGGAAUUUUGCGUGGACUGAAAGUUAAGCGUGCUCAAGAACUUGGUAUGGCCGGAGUCAUUAUCUAUACUGAUCCACAGGAAGAUGGAGAUAUGGUUGAGACAAACGGAUACAAGGCAUAUCCUGAUGGACCUGCUAGGAACCCAAGUGCUGUGCAGAGAGGGAGUGUUGGAUUUUUGACUGUUGGAGCUGGCGACCCGACGACCCCUGGAUACCCCUCCAUCCCAGGUUGUCCUAGACAGGAUCCUAAAGAUUUCCUUCCUUCCAUUCCUUCAUUGCCAAUCUCUUACAGAGACGCCAUCCCGCUCUUGAAAGCUCUCAAUGGCCAUGGACCUAAAUCCUCAGAGUUUGGCAAAGAGUGGGAAGGUGGUUUAGUCAAUAAAGGUGUUGACUAUAACAUUGGUCCAUCUCCAGAGAACGUCAUGAUCAAUCUCUAUAAUGAGCAGGAGUAUGUAACUACUCCUGUAUGGAAUGUCAUUGGCGUUAUCAAAGGUUCAAUCCCGGAUGAGGUUAUUGUUUUAGGCAACCACCGAGAUGCUUGGAUAGCUGGAGGUGCAGCCGAUCCAAAUAGUGGAUCUGCUGUGAUCAAUGAAGUCAUUCGCAGCUUCGGUGGAGCCCUUAAGGGUGGCUGGAAACCUAAAAGAACGAUUGUCUUCGCUAGCUGGGAUGCCGAAGAGUAUGCACUGAUUGGAUCAACGGAAUGGGUCGAAGAAAACCUUCCGUGGCUGUCAAGUGCUCACGUUGCAUACCUCAAUGUUGACGUUUCCACGUCUGGAAAGAAGUUCCAGGCUAAUGCUAGCCCCUUGCUCAACAAGGCGAUCUAUAAUGCCGCAGGACUUGUCCUAUCUCCAAAUCAGACGAUUAAAGGGCAAACCAUCCUUGACCUCUGGGACGGGGAAAUUGGUGUAAUGGGAAGUGGAAGCGAUUUUACGGCUUUCCAAGAUUUUGCUGGAAUUCCAAGUAUUGAUUAUGCAUUUACGACUGGAGCAGGCGAUCCAGUUUAUCAAUACCACUCCAAUUAUGAUAGUUUUGAUUGGAUGGACCGAUUCGGUGACGUUGGUUUUAAAUAUCACGUUGCAAUGGCAAAAACGUGGUCUCUUACAGCCGCAUACCUAGCAGAAACCCCAAUUCUAGCUCUGAAUGCCACCGACUAUGCUUAUGCAUUGAGGAAAUACUUGGAUUCGGUUAAAGAUAAGGUCUCUCCUGAUGCCAUGAACCAGUUUGACUUCUCUCCCAUGGAUGAUGCAAUCUCCGCGUUCCACCAAAAUGCCGUUAAAUUCGACGCUUAUGCUGAGUCACUUGCUACAGAACUUGAGAAAGGUGGUCAUUGGUGGAGUAGGCUUAUUCUCUAUUUCAAAAUUCGCUUUACUAACCAGAAAUACAAAUAUAUUGAAAGAAAGUUCCUAUAUGAUAAAGGACUUGAUAACAGAGGUUGGUACAAACAUGUUAUUUUCGCACCGGGACGUUGGACUGGAUAUGCCGGUGCCACGUUCCCUGGCCUAGUUGAAAGCUUUGAAGACAACAAUUUGAAGAACGCCGAGAAAUGGAGGGACAUUAUUAUAUCUAAGAUUGACGACGCUACUGAAUUGUUGGGAUGA